AUGGAUACCGUUGUAGAUCCUCAGCGAGACGAACGUGGGAAGCACGACUGGGUUAUCCUGUCCCAAGAAGUCGAACCGAGCGACCAGUACGAACACGAAUAUCGCAUCGAAAUAGGCCGCCAGGUCAAAUACAUCACCAUCGAACCAGGGACGUACGAACAGGACGUGCUCGAUUUCCCUUGUCCUCAUGAGCUUCCGAAGCUACCGCCGGGAGAUUGGACCUGUGCUCGUAUAUUCCGCCAGCCUGGCAAAGCACAGCCCACUAUAGAGUUUUCGAGCAGAAAAUUACUAGGACUCUCGGCUACUUGGCACCCUGAUUGCAUCGAAAUACUAUCUCUAACCCUCAAGGACCGUCUCUCUUUUCGCGUUCGGGUAGCGCAAUAUGGGUCGAAACUGGCUGUAGCGAAGAUUGCUCGGUUCGAAUGGGAGCUCCAAUACGUGGAGCAAGAGACCGCUGUUUAUAAAACCAUCGACGGUCUCGGCAUUGCACCCCAGUUCCUUGGUCAUUUGGCAGAAGAAGGUCGGGUCAUGGGCCUCCUAUUGGAGAAGGUAGAAGGCAGACUGGCUGGCAUCGAAGACCUUGAUGCUUGUCGGAGCGCUUUGAAGCGUCUGCAUGCGCUGGGCAUCCUCCACGGUGACACGAACAGGCACAAUUAUAUAGUUACUGACCAAGGUGUGAAGGUGAUCGACUUCGAGAACGCGAUCGUAGGAGGUAGCCAGGAACAGAUGGACGAAGAGUGCGCGCAGCUCGCCUUACAGCUUACUGAAACAUCAGGAAGGGGCGGGGGCUACAUCUGGACCGAGGAAGCAUACAAAGCUUUACAGGAUUAA